AUGCUGCGGGACUUGGUGGUUGUAGCUGUAGCCAGUUCCUGCUCUUUGCCCCCCCACUCCCGCCGCCCCCAAAUGGGGAGCCCACCCAGCUGUCAAGAGAAAACGGUACCUCAGUGGCAGCUGGUGGGUGGGGCCCUGCCUGGAGGAGCGCGAGGAGGAGGAACAGGAGCUCUGGCCUUCCAUGCGUUUUUGCACCCUUUAGGGGCGGUCAAGGAUGGACUUCUGUUCUAUUAUGCCCUAAAGCAGGGAAUGCUGAAGUUACUGGUUCUGAAGAAAAAGCACUUGAAAGAUGUGCAUCUCCAACAAGUGUCUGUAAGAAGGUUCACGUCGUUCAAUCUCUUUUCAAUAGAAGACCAGCAUACAGAAGAGGAAACUGGGACCUGGGUUCAGUAUAAAAGCAUCUUUUAUCCUGAGUAUAGUGUGUCCUUAAGGUUUCACAAUGAACUCUUAAAUGUUAAAGAUGUUCUUACAAGUUUUGACAACACGGGGAAUGUCUGUCUCUGGCCAUCUGAAGAAGUGCUGGCUUACUACUGCCUAAAGCACAAUGAAAUGUUCAGGGACCUUGCUGUGUGUGAGCUAGGGGGUGGCAUGACAUGCUUGGCUGGGCUCAUGGUUGCUAUUUCUGCAGAUGUCAAAGAAGUUCUGUUAACUGAUGGAAAUGAAAAGGCCAUCAAAAAUGUAAGCGAGAUCAUCACAAGAAACCAAAAUGCGGGAGUUUUUAAGGCUCAGAAAGUGUCAAGCUGCAUUUUACGAUGGGAUAAUGAGACAGAUGUCUCUCAACUGGAAGGACAUUUUGACAUUGUUAUGUGUGCUGACUGCCUGUUUCUGGACCGGUACAGAGCUAGCCUUGUUGAUGCAAUAAAGAGAUUACUCCAACCCAGUGGAAAAGCAAUGGUAUUUGCUCCACUCCGAGGGAAUACUUUAAACCAGUUUUGCAAUCUAGCUGAAAAAGCUGGUUUCUCUGUCCAAAGACAUGAAAAUUAUGAUGAACACAUUUCGAACUUCCACUCCAAGUUGAAAAAUGAAGAAAAAGAUACAUAUGAGGAAAACCUCCAUUACCCUUUUCUUCUCGUUUUAACCAAACACAGAUAGAAGAUGACACUUUUUUUUUGUUUUAAGGUGGACUACUGAAAAUUAAUCCAUGUAUGUGGAUGGUCAGAGAGUGGGGAGGGUUCCCCCUUUCGUUCCUGAGUCAUCAUUAGAAAAGUAUUUCUGAUCUAAAUGCUGAGGAAGAUAUCAUGGCUUGUUUCACAGUGUGCAAACAAUGAGACAUCUUUUUUGUAUCAUUUUAGAACUUACUUUUCCAAUUGUGUACCAGCCUGAAACCAAUCAGACCUCGCAUGUAUGCAUUAACAAAUAUGUAACACUGGCUUCCUUCUCUUUUGUGCCUCUAAACUUGCACAUACUUUGUCAAUCCCUUUAAAUGUUAUUUUUAGGUUGUAUUUGAAAAU